ACAUUCUUUUGUUUUCUUCUUUUGUUUUCUUCUUUUGUUUCUACUCUCCAACAAUAAUACACAAAAAUCCUAUCUGUCCUUCUUUUUGAGAAAACAACUUUUUAUCUUUUUCCAUCUUCUAGCUUCCAAAGAAUCUCUUCACUCCUUGAAACUUGAAUAAAUAUAGAUUCAUGUUCUUUUAUUUUCCUCCUCAAAGUCUAAGAAAAUACCUCUUUCUAUUCCUUUUUCAAAAUAUCUUUCAUAUUUGCUUCACCCGCGAUCUACUUAGAUUCAACUCUUAUUUCUUUUAUUCAUAUAAAAACUUCAUAUUUUUAUCUGUUAUAAUCCACUGAAAUUUAGUCCUUAUUUCUCCGAACCUCUUCAAUUUUGUCGAAAAUAUGAAAAAAUUCAUAUUUUCAAAUGUCAUUAUCAAUUGAGGUUCGACCCUUAUCUUUUUGGUUCGUCUAAACAAAAACUUUAUAUUUUCAACUCUCACGAUUCAUUGUGAUUCAGCCUUUAUCUCUUCGAUUUAUUAUGUGUUCAGAAACAAGUACUCCUCCACGUCUCUCUUUCUCUCAUGAUUUUUCUACACUACAAACCCAACAAGAUGUUCAUUCCAUAAACACAUUGUUUCUAGACUCAAAUUCUGAAUUUGAGUUCAACACAAGCAACAUAUUUGAGUUUGAAUCAUCAUCAGCUGAUGAACUUUUCUCCAAUGGAAUGAUCCUUCCAAAAACACAAACACCUUUUGUUAAACCUCCUCAUCAUACAAAGCUUCCUCCUCGCCCGUCCGCUUCGAGUUUCGACAAAAUGAAGAAAAAAGAAACCAUUAGAGAGAUUCUAAAUGUUGAGAAAAAACAUCAUUCAAAGUCCUUUUGGGGAUUUAGUAGAAGCAAAAGUCUCAAUUGUGAUACAAAGAAGAAUUUGUCUUUUUCUUUACCUCUUUUGUCAAGAAGUAAUUCAACAGGUACAACAAAAAAAAAUAGUUCAAACAAAAAAACAUCAUCAUAUUCAUGUUCUACUACAACCUUAAAUUUGCAUCCUAUGCAAAAAUCUAAUUCAGGUAAGAGUUGUGGAGGAUCUUAUGGAAAUGGUCAUUGGAUUAGUCCUAUUUUAAAUGUACCAACUCCUUCUUGUGUUUCAAAGGGAAGGACAAAUUUAUUUGGAGUUGCUUCAUUUUUAAGUGUUGGAAAGGUUAAGAAAAGUAACAAGUGAUUUAUUUAUGUUUUUUUUUUUUUUGUUUAGAUGAAAUGAAAAAAAAACUCGCACACAACUGCAAGUUUGAUUAUAAAAUAUGGUAUUCAACUUAAUAAUAUCAUUCGGUUGAACUAGAUUUUACGGAUUGAUUUAUCUAUGUGUUACUAUUGUAUCAUAAUGUAUAGUGUCAUGGAUUUAUCUUUGUUGCUAUGUUAA